CAUCGGCCAUACUUCCGGCGGAGCCGACGCUUUACUGUACCUGCGCAGUUGGCCAUCUUUUUCCGUUUCCAUUUUAUUAUUUCUUCGUUUCACUGACCUCAACUGCCCGUGGUCCUUCGUGAAAUAUCUAACCACAGUUGUACACGCCUGGAAAGGAACGUUUCUACAGUUGUACGUGCAUUCAAAAGAGUAUUGUAUGAGUCAAAAAAUAGAAAAACCAGUGCUGUCAGGCCAACGUAUAAAAACAAGAAAAAGAGAUGAAAAAGAGAAGUAUGACCCAACGGGAUUUCGUGACGCAAUCUUGCUCGGUCUGGAGAAGGCAGGUAACGACCUAGAGGCGGUCUUUAAGUAUUUGGACACCGCGGGAUCCAAACUGGAUUACCACCGAUAUGGAGAGGCGUUAUUCGACAUUCUUAUAGCGGGUGGUCUCCUGGUUCCUGGCGGUUCUAUCGCUCUGGAUGGAGACAAACCCGUUAAGACCACCGUGUGCGUCUUUGAACAAUCCGAGGACAUGGAAUCCAUGCGGAAUUUUGAACAGGUAUUCAUUCACCUAAUGCGGCGUUAUAAAUACCUGGAGAAAAUGUUUGAGGAAGAGAUGAAAAAAGUACUGGUAUUUAUGAAGGGCUUCUCACCAAAGGAAAGAAUUAAGUUGGCAAGGAUGACGGCUUUAUGGAUCUCAAAUGGUUCAGUUCCGCCCACUGUACUUGGCGUCUUGAUCAACGAGCAUCUUGUUAAGGACAAUCUGGCACUGGACUUCUUACUAGAAGUAUUUGUUACUUGGAAACAAGAGAAGGGGUUAUCCAGUUUGAUGACAGCCCUAAAACGGGGUGGUAUCGAAGGAAGGCUAAUGGAGUUCGUGCCACCGAAUAAGAGAACAGAGGAGUAUUUCCGUUCCGUAUUCGAAACCGUUGGCUUGGCGGAUAUUGUAAAAUUACACAAGGCUCAGGCUAGUCAAGAAGCGAAACGAGAUCUUCAGCAACUUUUAUUAGACGACCUAGCUGACAAUCGGCCGAUUAAAGAUAUCGUACUCGAUCUCAAAGAAAUGGCGCAACGAACUGGUAUACCUGAACACGAAGUGAUUGGAUUAAUUUGGACCGUUGUUAUGGGCCAAGCGGAAUGGAACAAGAAGGAAGACUUAGUGGCCGAGCAGGCUUUGAAACAUUUAAAAGUUUACACACCAUUGUUUGGUGCUUUCACAUCCACUGCCAGAUCUGAACUUGCUCUCAUCCUGAAAGUUCAGGAGUUCUGUUACGAGAAUAUGAACUUCAUGAAAGUCUUCCAGAAAAUCGUUUUACUCUUUUACAAAACUGAUGUUGUUUCGGAAGAAGUAAUCCUAAAGUGGUACAAGGAAGGGCACUCAGUUAAAGGAAAAAUGCUGUUUUUGGAUCAAAUGAAAAAAUUCAUCGAGUGGUUGCAAAAUGCCGAGGAAGAAUCCGAAUCCGGGGAGGAAGAAGACUAAUUUUACCUUGGGCCACACACAUAAAAGCAACAGUACCGCAAUGCAGUAAGUCAGUAUUCUGUUCGAAUAUUCCCAGAAUUCUCGAAUUGAUAUUUGACAGCAAAACAUUAAUGAAAAAGAAUUUCGAAAUAAUGCAAAAAAUAACUUCCAUAUGGAGGACUAUUCCGUGAGAUAUUCGUGAAAAAUGAAAUCCUGUUUAAAUUGUUAAUAAAAAGAAAAAAAAGGAAAA